AUGGGGAAAACAAGGCUUCAAAUGCCGAGAGCCCGGUUGCAUUAUCUGCUGUUCCUGUUUCUCGUCCGGUUAGACCCGGCAUUUUCGCAGUCGACGGUCAAGACCCUGCCGGGCUACCCUGGAAACCUGCCUUUCAAACUCGAAACUGGGUACAUCGGCGUUGGAGAUGACGAGGAGGUUCAGCUGUUUUACUACUUCAUCGAGUCGGAAAAUGACCCGUCAAGGGACCCUCUGGUGCUUUGGCUCACCGGCGGCCCGGGCUGCUCGGGGUUUUCCGGCCUAAUUUACGAAAUCGGUCCUCUGGCCUUUGAUCUCGAGAAUUUCGAUGGAAGCUUUCCAUCGUUAAUAUUAAAUCCUUAUUCAUGGACAAAGGUUGCUAGUGUUAUAUUCAUAGACUCCCCUGUCGGCACUGGAUUCUCGUAUGCAAACACGUCCAAAGGUUACAACUCGUCCGACACUAAAUCGACAAAAGAUAUUUACGCUUUCAUGCAAAAGUGGUUGUCGAUUCACCCCAUGUUUAUCAAGAAUCCCCUCUAUAUUUCCGGUGACUCUUAUGGAGGCAAAAUCGUACCCAUGGUAGCUGUGGAAAUAGCAAAAGGUAAUGAAGCUGGAAAUCAGCCACGAAUGUUACUUCAACAGGGUUACUCGGUUGGGAACUCAAUAACCGAUCUAAGCAAGGAUGACAAUGAAAAGAUACCUUAUGCUCACAGGAUGGCACUCAUAUCUGAUGAAUAUUAUGAGCUAGCAAAAAGCAGCUGUCGUGGAGAGUAUGUGAAUCCAGAUCCAAACAAUAUACUAUGCAUUUUUGCUCUUCAGCUUGCCAAACAGUGCACGGAUCGUGUCUGGCAGAAUCAUAUUCUUGAGCCCAAAUGCUUAUUCAUCACACCGAAACCUAAUAAUCAUACAUGGGGCUCACACUUACUAGAUGAUGAUCCAGUUCACGAUCUCCUCUUCCUGUCCAAACAAGACGCACCUAAGUGCCGUAACUAUAAUUAUGUGAGUUCUUACGUCUGGAUGAACGAUGAAACUGUACGAGAAGCUCUUUAUAUCAGAAAGGGUACGAAAGGCGAUUGGAAAAGAUGCAAUCUAACAUUAGGCUAUGAAUCCGAUGUGGAGAGUGUUUUUAGAGAUCAUCAACUACUGAAUGAGAAAGGCUUCCGAACAUUGGCUUACAGCGGUGAUCAUGACAUGUUUGUACCUUACUUGAGCACUUUGAGAUGGAUACGCGAACUAAAUCUCACGAUCGAUAGCGCAUGGAGGCCUUGGACUGUAGAUGGUCAAGUAGCUGGAUAUACGGAGACGUAUAAAAACAAUAAGAACAAUGAGGCUUAUAUAACUUUCGCCACGGUGAAGGCAAGUUUCUUUAUUGAAAAUGGUGCAGGUCAUACAGCGCCAGAGUACAAGCCCAAAGAAUGUCUUGCAAUGUUUGAAAGAUGGAUACGUUUAUCCCCACUCUAA